ACACACGACAGAGAGGACCUGUCUAAUGGUUUUCUUCUGGGGAGGACUAGCCGAGCCCUUCAAGUCCCUUAUGCCAUUCUGGCACCCCGACGAGACGCUGGAGGAUUACAUCAACCUGGCUCUGCAGUUGAGCGGCUCAGCUGUUAGGGUGGAGUUAGCUGCAGAGCCAGCUCAAGGUUCUCCCAAGGCGACAGUCCAGGAGUCAGCAGAGGCCUCGUCGGCUGCACCCAGUGCCUCACACCUGUUCCUGGAGCGUCACAGGCUGAUGCGCUGCAUGCGGGAUUCACAGUGGAUGUCGGUGCGAGCAGCGUGGUCGGCUCGCAGGACUCACAAGGUGGUGGAGCCUGCUGAUGUUCCCUCUGAGGCAGUGGGGCUGACUGCUAGCCUUCACAAAGCCGCAGAUUCCACUCAGGAUUGCCCCAAGGCGGCGGUGUCCGUUCAGGAUUGCCCCGAGGAGGCAGUGUCCGCCCACGAUGCCCCCGAGGCGGCGUCGUCCGCUCACGAUGUCCCCGAGGCAGCGGCGUCUGCUCACGAUGUCCCCGAGGCAGCGGCGUCCGCUCACGAUGUCCCCGAGGCGGCGGCAUCUGCUCACGAUGUCCCCGAGGCGGCAGCGUCCGCUCACGAUUCCCACAAGGUGGUGGUGACCGCUCCGGACCCUCCAGAGUCGAGUCAGCUGGAGACCGAGACCCAAAACUAA